UUCAGAAGGUGGACAGUGGAGGCUGUAUGUAUCUCAGCUACGUUAUAGUAGAAAAGAAGGUGAUGAUAUAGAAGAGGAGUCUGACAUAAUGGAUACCUGGUCAAGAUGAAACCUAGCCAAGACAUGGUGACAAGGCAGCAGAUAAUAAUCAGCUGUUCAUUUGACUGAAAAGCCACUGUAUCAAGCCAUACUGGCUCCUUUCCAGCUGUUGUAAUGGCCAUAGUUGGUCACGUCUCAGUCAAUUCUACCUCGGACGACUGUCAAACUGAAGAUUCUGAAGAAAAUGAAAGUCAACCCCUUCUCAGCUAUACUAAACAAAAUAAAGAAUGUUGCCCUGCUCGUUGGAAGCUUGCCUACCUGAUGUUCUUAGGCUUCUAUAUGGUAUAUGCUUUGCGAGUCAACUUGAGUGUUGCCAUGGUAGCGAUGGUGAACAGAACAAUCUCAGAUUCAACAGCUAAUGUUUCGAUAGAUGUCUGCCCUGAACACACUGAUGGACAGUUCAAUUCAACUGACAAUAAGGAGACUCCAAAGGUUCAGGUAUAUAACUGGACUCCCAGGACUCAAGGGAUUAUCCUUGGUGCUUUCUUCUAUGGUUAUAUCAUCACCCAGAUUCCUGGUGGUUACUUGGCAGAUAGAUUUGGUGGCAAACUUCUGCUGGGGCUUGGCGUCAUUGUUACCUCUGUGUUGACACUGCUAACUCCUUUAGCAGCGGAAUUAGGUGUGCCAUAUCUGGUAAUUCUCAGGGCGCUUGAAGGCUUCGGAGAGGGAGUGACUUAUCCAGCAAUGUUUGCCAUGUGGGCAAAAUGGGCUCCACCACUGGAAUGUUCUAAGCUACUAACCUUCUCAUCAUCAGGAGGCACAUUUGGAACUUUCACAGCCCUGCCACUUGCAGGACUCAUAUGUCAGUACUGUGGAUGGCCAUAUGUCUUUUAUAUAUUUGGGAGUGCCAGCUGUGUUUGGUGUCUUCUCUGGUUCCUCUUGGUAUCCAGCAGUCCAGAGACAGAUCCUCGGAUUAGCAGAGCUGAGAGAGAGCACAUCCUUACCUCAUUAGGCAGUAAGGGCAACACCGUCAAUAUUGUGCACAUUCCUGUCAUUUCAAUACUGACGUCUCUGCCACUGUGGGCUAUUAAUAUUGCUCACUUCUCAUCCAGCUGGUCGUUCUACACCCUGCUCACCAGCAUGCCAUUGUAUUUGAAUGACGUUCUACGUUUCAACAUCAAAGAAAAUGGAUUUCUUUCAGCAGUACCAUAUAUAGGAAGCUGGCUGUGCUGUAUCCUGUCAGGUUAUAUAGCUGAUUUACUUCGUUCUAAGAAAAUCUUCAGCACUGCCAGAACUCGUAAGCUCUUCACAUUUAUAGGAAUGUUCAUUCCAGCUAUCUUCUUCAUUGCGGUUGCAUUUAUUGGCUGUGAUUACAAAACUUCAGUGUUAUUCUUAACACUUGCUACCACAUUUGGGGGUGCUUCCUCAGCGGGUGUUCACAUUAAUCACUUGGAUAUUGCCCCCAGGUACGCUGGUGUCACUUUUGGUAUAACAAACAGCUUUGCAUCAAUACCGGGAACAGCAGCACCACUACUAGUUGGAUUUCUCACCAGUCAGGACGUUCUGGCAGGAUGGAGAAACAUCUUUUUCAUCUCAGCAGCUGUCAAUGUCUUUGGCAUGCUUUUCUAUAUUGUGUUUGGUAAAGGAACAGUUCAAGAUUGGGCAAAGGAAGACAGUACUGCUCUGUUGGAAGAAGAAUAUUGUCCUUGCAAUAAUUAAUAUUUGGUUUUGUAAUCAAUUAAAGAAACACUGCAGGGCAGUGGCCAUGGUGCAGCUUGUAUUAUAUCAUUUUGAUUGUCAUCUGAUGUUCAGAAGGAUGCUGUAUCUUAAGGACUUGGGAAAAAAAAGGUCAUGCUCUCUAACUUCUAUUUAAAUUUGCAUGGGUUUUCACUAAUGCCUUAUUAUAGCAUAUUGUAGUGCCACAUAAAUCACCUAGAUACAGAAGAAGGGAGAAUUUUUAAUUUGAUAAGCAUAUGUCUGCAUUUGUGAUACCAUAAAGAACUAAGUGGACUUAGCCAGAAGUGGCUUAAAGGGAACAACUGCAGCAGUAAACUAGCAUUUGCUAGUGUGAGUGCAUCAGUACUCUUCAGUCGUGCACUUGUCUAAUCCCAGUGAACAAGGAUGAUGUGAAAAAAGCAGGAGUACCCAUUCGGGAAUGGAGUUUCAAACCAGAAGUGUAACAGUGACUACACUGGUAUGACUCUCGGAUGUCUAGUUUUCAAGAACAUGGAUAUCGGCUACACAUCAUCACAUUUUGUAACAAGCUUGCUGCACAAGAAGGUUUACAAAAUAAAUCAGAAAGAUAUGGUGAGACUUGUAGAAUGGACUGUGAGACUUGGCAAUGUACAUUUAAUGCAGCAAAGACAGAAUAGUGCAUCUGAGAAGCAAAGUCACAGGAAAGAGAAGUAGAUGGGAAAAGAAGUAGUAACAAAAAAAGUGCUUAAGGUUAGUAGUUUGAUGACCUAAGGAUAGGCAAGCAGUUUGUGAGCUACAGACAAUGCUGAUGAAAUAUUAGGCUGUAUAGGAAACAGUGUUCCAGAACAAGCUCUGUAGUUGUUAUCCCUCUAUAGAGAGAGCUUGUGCAACCCUAGUUAGAGUAUUGUGUGCACUAGUGUAGAUUGUAUUAAGAUAGUUGUGUCUGUGUUUGUAAGGCUUCUGGUGCAGACUGUAGACUGGACUGUUGUCUUUUUCUGAACUGUUUCUAUAUGACUUAUGUUCUUAAGGGCAUGUGGCCUUAAGUAGGGCAGGGGAGGGUAAUGAUUUGAAUUGUCUUGCAGAAGAAAAAAAUAGAUGUAUGAAAAUAAAGUCAUAAAUUGGAUGACUCACUGCAAGCACAAAUAAAUGGUAGCCGUGUGCUUAGCUAACAAUG